UUCAAAACCCCAAAUAGAGAAUUUCAUGAUCUGAUAAAAUCCAAAUCCAAACGGAAAUGGGUUGCUCCCCAUCGAAAUUCAGCACCCAAGAAUCCAUCUCCCUCUGCAAACACCGCCAGAAUCUCAUCAAACAAUCCGCCAGGGCCCGCCGCCACCUCGCUGCAGCCUACUCCUCCUACACCACCUCCCUGAAGAAUUCUGGCGCCGCCCUCAUCGAUUACUCCCACGGCGAGGAUUCCCAGCAUCGGGAUCUCCACCCACAACCGCCUUCCACUGCAGCAGCGGCUUCCAUCCCACCGUCCAUCGACCCCCUCCCGCCACCGCCACCGCCACCACGCCCCCCCAAAUUCUCUCCUUCCCAUCUCCACCGGUCCUCCAGCAUGCCCCACCUAUCCGUACUGAAAUCCGUUGCUAAAACCACCAAUCCCAUCCAAAAAACAAAUGACCCAGAUGAAGUUUUGGUGGGCCCCACUACUUCAUCGUCAUCGAAGCCGGCCCCACCUCCUCCAGAGCCUGAAUCGAAAGGCAAUAUGCUGGAUUAUAUCUUUAGGUACGAUCACACGGAUUGUUCAACCCUGAUAGAGGUCGAAGAAUCAGAGCCACACGAUGAGGAGAAGGAUGGAGAAGGAGAAGAUUCCAAUGGUCAAGAUGAGAGCAUUGAUGAGUCGAUGGAAGAGAAUGUAAUCAACGAGCCUUUGGAGAAGCAGAAGCAGGGCAGCAACAGGGGAAGCAGUCUUAUACAUCAGGAUGCUGGUGCUAUUUCAGCCGUUGAUCAGGUGGGCCAGCCCAUCGAUGCUGCUCCUGUUAGUCUGUUCCAGAUUGUAAAUGAAUUGGAUGAUCAUUUUCUCAAGGCGUCUGAGAGUACCAGCGAAGUGUUGAAGAUGCUUGAGGCGAAUCGGAUGCAUUACCACUCGAAUUUCACGAAUAAUCGAGGACACAUCGAUCAUGCCGCACAAGUUAUCCGUGUAAUCACAUGGAGUCCGUCACGCAUAUCCAACGAUGAUGAUGAAAGAAAGGACGGCAGUGAUUCGGAAGAAUAUGGUGCUCAUGCUACUACGUUGGAGAAGUUGCUAGAAUGGGAAAAGAAGCUGUAUGAGGAAGUGAAGGCAAGCGAGAUUAUGAAAGCGGAGUAUCAGAGAAAGCUCGCUUUGCUGAAUAAGCAGAAGAAGCAAGGCUCGAAUGCCGGCGCACUUGAAAAAGCUAGAGCAGCUGCUAGUCAUUUGCAUGCAAGGUACGUGAUCGCGGUGCAGUCCAUGGAUGCCACUCUAUCAGAAAUACAACGGUUACGCGAUGAUCGGUUGUAUCCGAUGCUGUUAGCCCUCCUUCAUGGGAUGGCUAGAAUGUGGGAAAUCAUGCACGCACAUCAUGCGGCCCAGCUACGGAUCGUAACGGUCCUCAGAUCACUUAAAACAUCCAACGAUCCGAAUGGAACGAGAGAUCAUCAUCACGACCGGACACGCCAGCUAUGCAGGGUAAUCAACGAGUGGAACUUGCAUUUCCAAAACCUAAUGGCCCACCAGAAGGAGUACGUUGACGCUCUCAAAGGAUGGUCGAAAUCAAACCUCAUCCACGUGCCGAAGGAAGAUGCACCGUCUCCUCCAAUCUACAUCCUUUUAUGUACAUGGCAUGAACAGCUCGAGAAACUGCCAAUCGAGCUUGCGAAGACAGCGAUAUCGAGCUUCGGCGCUGUUGUAGAUACCAUCAUGGUGCAACAAGAGGAAGAGAUGAAACAGAAGGAGAAAUGCGAGGAGACGGAGAAGGAGUUCAAGCGGAAGAGCCGGGCAUUCGAGGAGUGGUAUAUAAAGUACAUGGAACGGAUGGCUAUGAUAUCAGAAGGGGUUGAUCGGGACGUUGCUGGAGGUGGGACCGGAGAUGAUGAUCAAGUUAUAGUGAGGUGGGCCGUUGUGGAGGCUCUGAAGAAGAGGCUGGAAGACGAUGAGGAGAGAUACUGGAAGCUUUGUAAGCAGGUGAGAGAGAAGUCGAUGAGUAGCUUGAAAAUACACUUGCCGGAGCUGUUUCGUGCCAUGUCGGAUUUCUCCCUUGCAUCAUCGGAGAUGUACAAGAAGCUGCAGGCUAUCUCGGGAGACUAAGAGCAAGCCCAUGGGAGCCCAUUUGAGGGUGGGUGAUGGGCUUGUUAAAGAAGGGGUUGUGUUUGUAUGUAGAGAGAUUAUAUACGGUAGUUAUUUAUGCCGUACAAAUGUGAGAUAAACAAACUGUCAAUCUACGUGGGACCUAGCUUGGAUGGGUCAAUAUACCGCAAUAAUCACAAAAUCCAAGUCAUUGAUUGGUUGAGUUCUGAGGACUACUGUACAAUUUGCUAGUUUGAAAGAGUGUAACCGACGGUGCGCAUUCAAUGGAUAAAAGUCCACAUUGCGUGGCAAGUCAA